CAUCAGUCUACUCGAGAUUAUCAGCAAUUUCUUCACCUUAACCGAAGUAAGUGUUCCCUUGUUACGUGUCGGACUACAUGGACUUCUGGUUUCAAUAGUCUCCAACAGUUCGCGGUGUGAAAACCAACCUUCUGACAAACAAAAGUGGCCAAGGAUGGAGUUUCCAGAAGAUUUCAACCAGCUUGAACUUCUUGACACACAUGGACACCUGAUCCCUCGGGGGGGCAGCAGUGUGUGGACUGGGAGCAAAGACGAUGACACGGAGACGGAUGAGGGGGAGCGCAGUGAGGAGUGGUAUUUAGAAAAGGAGGACGCGCUCAAAGACGCACCAAAGGAGCUCCUUCUGUGGGCAGCAGAAAACAAUCGUCUCUCAACAGUGCUGCGUUUGCUGACCGCUGAUCCCGUGCUGGUGGACUGCUGCGACGAGGACGGAUACACCCCACUGCACCGCGCAGCGUACAGCGGCCACGUCGAAGUCGUGUCCGCUUUACUGGCCGGCGGCUCCAGGGUCAACCCCCGGACCAUCGACGGCUGGACGCCGCUGCACAGCGCCUGCCGCUGGAGCCACGUGGCCGUGGCCAGUCUCCUCCUGCAGAACGGCGCUGACCUCAACGCCCAGACCAACGGGGCGCUCACGCCGCUGCACCUGGCCGCGUCCUACACAAACUCAUCCAAAACAGACUCGGCACAAACUUUAGAGCUCCUCCUCUCGAGGCGACACCUGAACCCUGAGCUGCGCAGCAACAGCGGGGAGACGGCCGCCGGCAUGGCCCGAUGCAGCGGCCCACAUUACUUUCUGUUCGAGAUGGUGGAAGACUGCAUCAGCGUGGUUCCACGGGGGCUGCCAUCCUAAUCUCACUGUUGUUAUGACUGUCAUUGUUUUCCAUAAUCUGAUGUGACAGAAGUAAGUGUUAGCAUCAGCUUAAAAGAAUCCAGACUUUUGGUUGGCAGUACAAGAAAAAUAGAAAAAUGUCUCAGACUGUCUCAGAACAUUAGAAUAAGAAUAAGUCCUUUAUUUUCUGUAAUGCAAUUUAAAAAAAACAUUCUGGAUUCAUUACAAAUCAACUGAAAUAUUGCAAGCCUUUUAUUAUUUUAAUAUUGCUGAUUAUGGCUUACAGUUUAAGAUUAAGAUUCCCAGAAUAUUCAAUUUUUUUUUAGAUAGGAUAUUUGAGUUUUCUUAAGCUGUAAGCCAUGAUCA